AUGCUCUCUGCCUCUGUUCCCAACAACACUGCCUUCCAUCCUUCCACAUUCAUUCUACUUGGAAUCCCUGGGAUGCAAGACCAGCAUGUCUGGGUUGCCGUUCCCUUCUGCUCCAUGUACAUCCUUGCUCUUGUGGGCAAUGGUACCACCCUCUACAUCAUCAUGACAGACAGGACUCUGCAUGAGCCCAUGUACCUCUUCCUGUGCCUGCUUUCUCUCACUGACCUGGUCCUCUGUUCAACCACCUUGCCCAAAAUGCUAACAAUCUUCUGGUUUAGGUCCCACCUCAUUUCCUACCAUGGAUGCCUCACACAGAUGUUUUUUGUCCAUGCAGUGUUUGCCACUGAGUCAGCAGUCCUGCUGGCCAUGGCUUUUGAUCGCUAUGUGGCCAUCUGCCGUCCACUUCAUUAUACGUCUAUCCUCAAUGCUACGGUGAUUGGAAAGAUCGGUCUGGCAUGUGUGGUCCGUGGUCUUAUCUUUGUUUUCCCAUUUGUCAUCCUCAUCGAGCGCUUACCUUUCUGUGGACAUCACAUCAUCCCCCACACCUACUGUGAACAUAUGGGCAUUGCCAAGCUGGCCUGUGCCAGCAUUAAGCCUAACACCAUUUAUGGUCUCACGGUGGCUCUCUCAGUCACUGGCAUGGAUGUCAUCCUCAUUGCUGCCUCCUAUGGUCUAAUCCUGCAGACGGUGCUGCGCCUGCCCUCCAAGGAUGCCCAGUUUCGAGCAUUCAGCACUUGCGGAGCCCAUAUUUGUGUCAUUCUUGUGUUCUAUGUACCUGCCUUUUUCUCUUUUUUCACUCACCGUUUUGGCCACAAAGUACCUCCUCAUGUCCACAUAAUACUUGCCAAUCUCUAUCUCCUUGUACCUCCUGUUCUCAACCCUCUGGUCUAUGGUAUUAAUACCAAACAGAUCCGUCUGCGAAUAGUUGGCUUUUUUGUGGGGAGGAGGUAA